GGGCAGUUUUGUGCGUUUCGAAAAAAUAAAAAAAAAUAAAAAGAUUUUUGUUGCUACGUGGAGUUCGCGUAAAUUUUAGCCGGUAAUUCACUAGUACCUGUGAUUUAAUUAAAGAUUGCUCUCUCGGAGGAUCCUCUUUUUCCGCAGUGAAAUUUCCGCCGGAGCGUGAGAUAUGGGUUUUUUUAGGCGGGUGCGCAGGAGUUUGAUCAACUUUUUGAUCUUCUUCUUCCUGAUCGUGCUGCUGCCUGGACUUCCGCCAAACACGACCUUCCCGUUCGAAGGAUUUAGAAUAUCGAAACCCCGCGAGCUUAAAGGAGCGCUCGAGCUGACCGACCACCUCGACAACGCGGAACGGCUAUUUGAGGGAAAGAUCUACGGUCCCGAGGCGAUACUGGUAAAUGGGAAGGAUCUGUUCACGGCGAUUCACGGCGGAGAGGUCAUCCGCAUCAACGGCCAACACAUCACGCAUAUUGCCAAGUUUGGUAAACCAUGCGAGUUGUCUUUCGAAGAGGAAAUCUGUGGCCGGCCGCUCGGUAUGGCAUUCGACACGAAGGGUUCUAACUUGAUCGUGGCCGAUGCCUACUACGGUCUGUUCUCCGUGGAUUUAGCAAAGGGUGGCGAAAAGCAUCAGCUCGUCUCUCCCGAUACCGUGCUGGAUGGCAAGGGAGUGAAUCGUAAAGCGAAACUGUUCAACAGCGUAGCCGUUGCCCGGAACGGAGACAUCUUCUGGACGGACUCUUCGUCGGACUUUACGAUCCAGGACGGAGUGUUUACCGUAUUUGCCAACCCGUCCGGUCGGUUGUUCCACUUGGAUCGUGCCACCGGUAAGAACAAGGUGCUGCUGGAUCGACUGUACUUCGCGAACGGUGUUGCGCUGAGUCCGGAAGAGGAGUUCGUCCUGGUGGCGGAAACGAUGUCUUCCCAGAUUCGACGAUACUAUCUGAAGGGCCCGAAAGCAGGCACGGAUGAUGUGUUCAUCGAUGGACUGCCUGGUUUGGUCGAUAAUCUUAUCGCAGAUGCCGAAGGCAUUUGGGCUCCACUCGUACAAGCUGUAGACAGUGAAAAUCCAGCCAUUUCUCAGCUUUUAUCGAACGUUCCGCUUAUCCGCAAGUUCCUAAUCCGUAUGCUCGCUUUGGCGGAGCUGCCGAUACGAUUGAUUCAUCAGGUCGUGCCGAACGUGCACACACAGCGACUCAUUCACGCGAUUGGUCACUUUGAGUCGAUUAGCUUCCUGGCACCGAGCCGUCAAACCGUGGUCAAAAUUAGCUGGGGAGGUAAGCUGCUGGGAUCGUUGCACGGUACCGAUGGUACCGCCGGUGGCAUCUCCCAUGUCGCCGAAAUGGGUGACCACCUGUAUCUGGGCUCACCAUUCAACAAGUUCCUGGCCCGUGUGCCGUCUCCCAAAAUGCCCAAGGUUGAAGUGCGUGAUAUAAAGUACAGACCGGCCACGGAAUCUACGCCACCACCAUCCAAACCGGCGCCAACAACGACUACGGCCAAGCCUACUACGACAACAACUCCCAAACCGACGACGACGACGACGACGACCACUACGACGCCUAAACCGGCAACUACGACGACUCCAAAACCGGCUACCACGACCACUACCACCCCAAAGCCUACUACAACAACUACUACCACCCCGAAACCGACGACGACGACGACCACCACCACGCCGAAACCAAAAACAACGACCGCCACGCCAAAGGCAACCACCGCCAAACCACAAUCUGAAACACCAACGGGUGCGAAGAAACCAGAAACGAAACCCACGGCUGCGCCAACCACCACUACUGAAGCUCCACCGAGCAAGACUACGGGAAAACCGGUGGAUCCAGCCCCAAUACACGAGACGGUGCCCAACGAUACUCCCAAACCGAAGCAGGAGAAAUUGAAGAUCAUUAAGAAAGGAGGCGAACAAGGGGAACUGUAGAGGGAGGAACAUACAACGAAAAGCACGGCAUCAGCCGUAGAAGAAGAGCAACAUGUCCGUGGUCUAAUCGCACAAAAGAACUCUUCAUCGGAACAGGGUUCUAAAGGUGUCGCUAGAAGGUAGCGGGUUUUUUAAAUUUCACAUUAAUCUUUGAUUAGCUCUCAAACGUUACCGUUAAAUUAAACUUCCAACAAUUUAGAACUCUGAGCAUCAGCGCGAAACCACAGUAGAUGGCACAUUCCAGUGCGAAAUGACUAACUAACUAGUGCAAAGGAGCCGCCCCGUGUAUUGCAGCUAUAAUGUUAAACAUUCUUGUUAUAUUCAUUCCAUGCGUGAUGUGUGUUGUUCGACUUCAUUUUUCUACUCGAGAGAUUUUGUUUUGGGUUUUCUUUUUGUGAUUUUCAUUUCCAUUUUCGGUUAUCUCUAAGUGAACAGAACCCAACACUCAACACCAUACAACCAGAACAACAUAUUCACUUUCGUCGUUUUUCUCCAGACGAAAAAUUGGCCAGCGAUAAGUGAGGUCAGGCGUAGCGUGUAGUAACGACUACUAUAGGAAAAUACUAACAACUCAUUGAGAUUGGAUUUGGAUCUGCCGUACUCGUUUGGUCGUAGUGAUUGUUAUCUUGAGGAUAGCUGCGUCUGUUUUGUAUUCUUCGUCACAAUCAAUCUGUCCAGGGGUCCAAAUGGAGAAGGAUAAAUACAUUUGAUUUGCUUGGGAA